GGGGAAAGGCCGUUCAACAAGAACAACUCCCUUUGAGAAAGUCAAAUGUCAAUAAAGCCAAUGCAGGAUUAAAUUACAGGAAUCGAGCCACUAUGUGCUAUGAUCUUUUUCAUUGUUGUGUAUAAAAUUCAAUAUUUUACAGUUGAAACUUUCACCAAAAGGAAAAGUAUGGCUGGUGCUGCCGUUAUCACCAGCAUAUCACCAGCAUAUCACCACCAUCAUAUAUCUAUGUAGCUAUCUAUAUCCAUCAAUGGCGAGUCAGUCAACUCAACCCGGGUGUCCUGCCGUUUGUUGCCUCUCCCUUUCAAGAUUCCAAGAACCCCUUUUUGUUGGUCUGCAAGAACACCUGCAGCAAACUCGUGCAAGUUGAGCUAAGUGUAGGAGAUGACUAACAAUCUCGGGGAAAUGGUGUGUCUUGGAACGUCACAGCUAAGUUCUGGCAAGCUUGGAAGAAACAUACUUGUUUGCUUGUGUCUGUCUUUGUUGUUUAUCAGCGCAAAAAGCAAAAGAACGCAUCCAGCUGAAGUGAGUGCAUUGCGAUCCAUCAAGGGGAGUUUGAUUGAUCCUUACAAAAAUCUCCGCAACUGGAACAGAGGGGAUCCAUGCACUUCAAAUUGGACUGGCAUUAUCUGCCAUAAUAUUACACUCAGUGACGGUUACUUCCACAUUAAAGAAUUGUUGUUGUUAAAUAGCAAUCUAUCUGGAAGUUUAUCUCCAGAACUUGGUCGAUUAUCUUAUUUGGAGAUACUGGAUUUUAUGUGGAACAAUAUUAAUGGCACUAUUCCAAAGGAGAUAGGCAACAUUACAACGUUGGAGCUGCUGCUUCUAAGUGGAAAUAAACUAACUGGUUUCUUGCCUGAUGAGCUUGGUUAUCUAUCCAACUUGGACAGAAUUCAAAUCGAUGAGAAUCAAAUAUCUGGACCAAUACCAUUGUCCUUUGCUAACUUGAGCAAAGCAAAACACUUUCACAUGAACAAUAAUUCACUCAGUGGGCAAAUACCACCGGUGCUGUCUCGACUUCCAGUUCUUGUUCAUUUGUUGCUUGACAAUAACAACUUUUCAGGAGAUCUUCCACCUCAACUGUCUGAAUUGCCUCAUCUACUAAUACUUCAACUCGACAAUAAUAACUUUAAUGGGAGUACAAUUCCCUCUUCAUAUGGCAACAUGUCUCACCUGGUGAAAUUGAGUCUAAGGAACUGCAGUUUGCGGGGGUCAAUUCCUGACUGGAGCAAUAUGUCUAAUAUUGCUUACAUAGAUUUAAGCCUGAAUCAGCUUAGUGGACCCAUACCAACUGGUGCACUUUCUGAGAAUAUCACAACUAUUGAUCUCUCUUACAACAAUCUGAAUGGAACUAUUCCCGCCACCUUCUCGAAGCUUCCCCAUUUACAGAAAUUGUCACUUGCAAAUAAUUUAUUGAUUGGUCCUGUCCCGUCCAUCAUUUGGCAAAACAGGACUCUAAAUGCAUCCGAGAAGCUCAUUCUGGACUUUGAGAACAAUAAGUUUUCAAACAUUUCAGGCAGUCUUUCGGUACCUCCCAACGUCACCAUUGGACUUCAGGGGAAUCCUCUAUGCUCAAAUGAGAACGUAAGUCAGUUCUGCGCGCCACAUGAAGUAGAUUUCAGUAAUACCGUAAACAUUACAAGACUCAAUGAUUGCCCUCAGUCUUGUCCACCUCCGUACGAGUAUGCCCCAGCAUCUCCUGCUAUCCGUUGCUUUUGUGCUGCUCCGCUGUACAUUGGAUAUCGCUUAAAGAGUCCUGGGUUCUCAUAUUUUCUUCCAUAUUUCAAUAAAUUUGAGGAGAACCUAGGUUCUGGACUUGGGUUGAAUCUACAUCAGCUUCAGAUCGAUUCUGCUGCAUGGCAAAAGGGGCCUCGUCUUAGAAUGUACCUGAAGAUUUUCCCAACAUACGCAAAUAAGAGCAAACAGUUGCUCAACAGGAGUGAGGUUGAGCGGAUUCUUAGCCUGUUUGGUGGGUGGAGGAUUCGCGAUAACCCAGUGUUUGGACCUUUCGAGUUUCUCAAUUACACACUUCCAGAUCCUUAUGAAGAUGAAUUCCACCGGUCUCCAUCGUCCAUAAACAAGGGAGCACUAGCAGGCAUUAUUAUAGGAACAAUCGCUGGAUCAGUCACUCUAUCUGCAUUUGUUUCGCUUCUUAUCUUGAGACGCCGCAUCCAGAAACAUCACCAAUCUUCGAAAAGACAUUUGCUAUCUAGGAUAUCCAUCAAAAUCGAUGGCGUGAAAGAUUUUAGUUAUGCUGAAACGGCACUGGCAACAAAUAAUUUCAGUAGCUUGAGUCUGGUUGGACAAGGAGGUUACGGGAAGGUGUAUAGAGGCACUCUUGCUGAUGGAACCAUUGUGGCAAUAAAGCGUGCUCAAGAGGGAUCACUGCAGGGUGAAAAGGAGUUUCUUACAGAGAUAGAACUCUUGUCGAGAUUACACCACAGAAACUUGGUGUCGUUGAUUGGAUAUUGUGACGAAGAAGGCGAACAGAUGUUGAUUUAUGAGUUCAUGUCUAAUGGCACGUUGAGAGAUCACCUGUCUGGUAAGUUUAAAGCGCCUAUGAGUUUCUCUAUGAGAGUAAGAACAGCAUUAGGUGCAGCCAGAGGCAUCCUUUAUCUUCACACGGAAGCCAAUCCUCCAAUAUUUCAUCGGGAUAUCAAGGCAACCAACAUAUUGUUGGACUCUAAGUAUACCGCCAAGGUUGCUGAUUUUGGGCUGUCACGUCUCGCUCCAGAGCCGGAGCUUGAUGGAUCUGUGCCUGCUCAUGUAUCUACGGUUGUCAAGGGGACACCGGGAUACCUUGAUCCGGAGUAUUUCCUAACUCAUGAGCUGACCGAUAAGAGUGACGUCUACAGCCUUGGGGUUGUAUUCAUGGAGCUGAUAACAGGAAUGCACCCUAUUUUUCAUGGCAAAAACAUCGUGAGAGAGGUCAAAACUGCAUACCGUUCAGGCAUGAUAUUCUCAGUCAUUGACGAGCGGAUGGGCUCUUAUCCUUCCGAAUGUGUUGAAAAGUUUGUUAUUCUAGCGCUCAAGUGUUGCCAAGACGAAACGGAUGAGAGGCCUUCAAUGGCAGUAGUGGUCAGAGAACUUGAAAACAUAUGGAGCAUGAUGCCAGAAUCUGAUUCCAAGAUAACGGAAUCCGUAGUCAGCAAGCCUGAAAUGGUGCCGACUCCACCGUCAUCAAUAUCAUCAUCAUCAUCAAUAUCAUCAUCAACGUCUACAUUGAGGACUCCUUAUGUUUCACAAGAUGUCUCCAGCAGCGAUCUUGUCAGUGGAGCCAUCCCCACCGUUGCUCCCAGGUGAUUUCCAUCAAUGGUGUUUUGUCAUAGUUCUCUGUACAGUGAUUAUUUUAGUUGCAUUUGUGCAUCAGCAGAAAACAGCUUACUGGUUUUAGUGUAGAGACAUAGAUUGUAUCAGAUUGGGUCAAAUGCAACACAUCUCCAUUUGAAAAAUACUGAUGAGCAGAAAAUCUCCUAAAACAAUGGAAUUGCUGAACUUUAAAACUUGUUAUUCUUGUAUAAGAUAAAUUACAUUAACACCGUGUGAGGUCAAGUCAAAUUAUAUAAACA